GUAUGGCGGAGCAAGAGAGUUUGGAGUAUGGCAAAGGAGAUUUUGUCCUUUUGGAUGAAAUCACAGAAAAAGCCUUCAUGGCCAACCUCAAGCUACGUUUUCAAAAGGAGCGAAUUUACACGUACAUAGGAGAAGUGCUUAUUUCAGUAAACCCGUACAAGACUUUGAAUAUCUUUGGAAACGAUAAAAUUCAAGAAUACAAGAUGCGAGAACUGUACGAGAGACCACCGCAUCUUUUUGCCUUGGCAGAUGCAGCUUACCGAACGAUGAAACGGCGGUCAGAAGACGCUUGUAUCGUUAUUUCUGGCGAAAGUGGUGCAGGGAAGACUGAGGCUUCUAAAAUUAUCAUGAAGUAUAUUGCUGCUGUUACAAAUGUUUCAAAACAGUCUGAAGUUGAAAAGGUUAAGGACAUUCUUUUGAAGUCCAAUGCAAUUUUAGAGAGUUUUGGCAAUGCUAAAACAGUAAGAAAUGACAAUUCCAGUAGGUUUGGAAAAUACAUGGACAUUGACUUUGACUUCAAGGGAGAUCCUGUGGGAGGACACAUUUUUAAUUACCUCCUAGAAAAGUCCAGAGUUGUUAAACAACAGGAGGGGGAGAGAAAUUUCCAUUCAUUCUACCAGUUACUCAAUGGAGCACCACCUGAGACCCUAAAAGAAUUGUAUCUACAAGAGAAAGCUGAAAGUUAUCACUUUGCCAAUCAAGGAGGAUGCACACAGGUCAAGGUGAUAAAUGACACAAUGGAUUACAAAGUUAAUAUUGAAGCUAUGAACUCUGUGGGCUUCUCUACUGAAGAAAAGACAACCAUAUGGAAAAUUGUUGCAGCAAUUCUCCAUUUGGGUAAUGUAGAGUUUGUUGAUGAUGAUGAAGAACAGGCAUCCAUAAAGAAUAGUGAAAAACUCAACAUCAUUGCAUUUCUCUUGGGAACUGAGCCAAGGCAAGUGGAAAAGGCUUUGUGUUACCGAGUGGUUGCAGCCAAUUCUGAAGUGGUGGACAAAGGACACCAUGCUAAGGAGGCAUCUCACGGACGUGAUGCUCUUGCUAAGGCCAUAUAUGAUCGUCUUUUCACAUGGAUUGUAGGACGGAUUAAUGAUGUGACUGAACUGCGCGAUGAAGUGACUCAUGGAAAGUGUUCAGUGAUUGGAGUGCUUGAUAUCUAUGGCUUUGAGAUCUUUGACAACAACAGCUUUGAGCAGCUAUGCAUCAAUUACUGUAAUGAGAAACUUCAACAGCUGUUUAUUGAACUGGUGCUGAAACAAGAACAAGAGGAAUACCAACGAGAAGGAAUUCAGUGGGAGGAGAUUGAAUACUUCAACAACAAGAUCAUCUGUGACCUGAUUGAGCAAAACCACAAAGGUGUUUUUUCAAUCAUGGAUGAGGGAUGCAGGAGCAUCGGUAAAGUGUCUGAUAUGAUGUUGCUACAAACCAUGGACCAAAAGUUGGGAAAACACAACCACUAUAAGAGCAGGCUGACUGACCCCUCAAACAAAGCAAUGGAAUUUCACAAGCAUUUCUGCAUCAAACAUUAUGCAGGAGAUGUGAUAUAUUCAGUUGUGGAUUUCUUGGACAAAAACAAGGAUAAUUUGUAUCAAGAUUUCAAAAGACUCCUAUUCAACAGUUCGCACAAAAUUCUCCAAGAUAUGUGGCCAGAAGGAAAAGAAGACAUUACAAAGGAGACGACAAGUUACUUUCAUCCCGAACACGGACCGCCUUUUGAUCCAAUCAGCGGUGAUGUUACCCAGCGUCCUCUUACGGCUUGUGCCCUGUUCAAAGGUUCAAUGAUAGCUCUUGUGGAGAAACUAGCUGUUAAGAAACCAUUUUAUGUCCGAUGCAUCAAACCAAAUGAUGCGAAGUCGCCAUCACUUUUUGACGAUAGACGAGUCGGUCAUCAGGUGGACUACCUUGGCUUGAUGCAGAAUCUGCGUGUGAGGCGAGCUGGAUUUGCCUUCAGGAUGCAUUACAAACGAUUUCUUCAAAGGUAUAAAAUGCUUGUGGACAAAACUUGGCCUACCUACAGUGGGAUUGACAAAGAUGGUGUUGGUGAAAUCAUCGACCGGUCAGGUUUUUCCUCUGAUGUCAAAUACGGUCGAACUAAGCUGUUUAUUAAGACACCUAAGACUGUGUUCGAGCUGGAGAAGAGGCGAGCGGAGACUGUGCCAAACUUAGUGCGAAUUCUUCAGAAGCACUGGCGAGGUGCACUGGUCCGAAGGCGCAUGAAGAAGGUUCGUGCGGUAUACCUGAUCAUGGAUAACUUUAAGAGAUAUCAGUGCAGAAAGUUCGUAUUACAGAUUCAAGACGCCUACAGUGACUGUAAGCAGCGCGGUGACUAUGGAAAGUCUAUUACCCCACCCACCCCCCUUAGGGCAUGCCAAGAAAUCGCCUCUUUCUUCGCGAAAAUCUUCGGAAGGUGGUGGGCCUCUAAGGUGUUGUCACGCAUUCCAGAUCAAGACCGUGACGAGGUUAUGUUGAAAGCUGCAGCGUUUGAUUGCUUGGGAGGAAAGCGAAAGAACUGGGCACUGCAGACACGAUGGCGUGGAAACUACCUUGCAGAGCCCGAAGAAAACUCCCAGUCUGAGGUGUUUAAAAGAAAUGUUGUCAAUAAAUUCACGACGAAUGGAGAAGAGGUGUUGUUCUCUUCUUAUGCCAAGAAGGUGAACAUGAAAUUGAAGGUGGCUGACCGCAUUGUGGUGGUGACAACUUCAGCCAUUCUUAAGUUGGACAACAAGUACAAAGUCAUGAAGACAAUACCACUUGACAUGGUGACAGGAGUGAGUCUUACUCCAGGUGACGAUCAGCUGUUAGUAGUUCACCUCGAACACAAUGACCUGGUCGUCUGUUUGUUCAACGAGUCUAAAGCCAACAGAGUGGCAGAACUUAUGGCGAACCUCUACCUGCAAAUAUAUGAGAAGUCUCGUAAGAUGCUGAAUGUUCGCGUAGACUCACGGGUAAAAUGUGAACUGGGUAAGAAAGCGUACAACUUGACGGUGAAAAACGGACCCGGAAACUCUGCCAUGACGUUCAAGAAGGUUGGUAACAACGAUCUGACACUACUCUGGCCGGAAUCUGGGUAACGCCGAGCAGAUAAAUUUCUACAAAACUUUAUCUUUAGGUCUCUUUGUUGACUGGAAACUUGAACGAGUGAAAAGUCCAUGUACGGUCAUCACUUUUGUAAUUAAAAAUAAUCGCUCCUUUAAAGAGUGACUUUUAAGAAAAAUAUUCACGAAAGGAACAUGUUGAAUUUAACUUUUAGAUCUGCGAUAACUUAAUAUAUGCUGCAAUGUUUGUCAAUAAGCUGGACUUAUUAAAGGGCUGACCCGGCCCUUACAGAAAUUUUAUUAAAACUGUAAUUUCUGCAG